AUGGCUCUCUGUAACUAUAUAACGCUAGUUGGUAAGGUGACCCCUUGCGGGCGAUCUCCUGAUUAUCCUGGUCAGGUGGAAUGCAUUACACUCGAGGAUUGCACGAAAGAUGUACCUGGACAUCUAUCGACUCUUGGACUGAGUGCAGAUGAAGGUUCUAGAACUGAAAUGAAGCUGCUAUUAGCCAGAGCCGGUAAAUAUUGAUUUUGUGUGUUUUCAGGUAACUUUAUUGUGCUUAUGAAUGAGUGCUGCAACAGAUUUAAUUGGUGUUAUAUUUUUUACAGGUGUUUUCUCAUUUGAGCAAAAACAUCUUACCCUGACUAUUUGCCCACGCCAUAGGGCAGACUUUGGCAUACGUUGGAGGACUAGGAAAACCCUUUGUGCAAUUCCCAAGGAUCUAGCGACACAUAAGUCCUCAAGUGCCAAAGGAAGCAACCGUGUGGAUAGCCGAAAAUCGAUGUAUAUUUUUUGCAACACCAACACCUUAGUUCCAGUUGGGUCGCGUAAGUUGAAUUGCUUCUGUUGAUAAAUGUUCUCAUGAAAUUGCUUUUUCUCACGUUUAUUUGUAAUACCUUACACAAAAAAAAAAAAAAAAAAAAGCACUAUAAGUUUCAACUUUCUCAAGCUAGCAAAUUUUAUAUUUGUGAGGAAACUUUGCAAUUUAUAUUGCCAACGUUUUUUUCUCGUCUGAGGAGCUGAUAAUCCAUUGAUUGAUGACAGAUUGAUUACUUUAUACCUAGAAAUAGUAAUUGAUAUGAGUUAUUGACUUUGCUUUUUUUUAAUAAAAGCAAUUUGUAGGCGAUGCGACGAGUUUAUCUGCAGGCAAGUUGCAGAUGAACAGACGCCGGCGGAGGGCGCUGGAGCAAGUGCUGUGUCUACCCCUAAAGAGCCUCGAGUAGUGCAGAUACCUGAACAACAGACAAUGGUAAGCUUCAAAUAUGAAUUGAUGAUCUCAAUCUUGUUUUUUAAAAGGAAAAGAGUCAUUUUUAGAAGAGCAUAGAAAUUGGAAAAAAAAUCGAGGAAGAAAAAACACGUGACAAACACAAACACAGCGUGACAAACACAGUUGUUAAUCUGGGACAAGGCUCCUUCGUUGACCAGUAAAACUCACUACUUUUCGGUCACUUUUUUUUAUUUGAGGGGUGGGGAAGGAGAGGGGUGCUAUGCCGCACUUUGGUAGGCUAAUUCCUGUCCCACAUUUGUUUGUUUUCUGGAUGUCCAGCAACAGUACCUGGUGCUUUUUUUUUUUUUUUAUUACCCGAAACUGAUUCCCUACAAACAUAUACAAAGAAAUCGGUUUUAGAGAUUUGAUGCUUAUAGAGCAAACCUUUUCGUAGGUUCAUGAGAUGGAAACAGGCCGUCCAGGAGAGGAAUCAAGUGCUGGCAGUGAGUCAUCUUCUGAUGGUCUAGAGACGGACUUGAUGUUUCUGGAAAUAUCAUCCCAGGGGUUGAAGGAUGACGAGACGUUUCUCAGUCCCGAUACUGCAAGCCUCGUCUCCUCAACGAGUGAAGAGAGCAUCAUCUCAAAGCCAAAUUCCCGUGAAAAGUUGAACGAGUAUCUGGUGUCCAAAAACAUUGAACCUGUCUCUCAACCUUGGGUUGAGUGGGAAAAGGCCAGUGACAGCACUAAGCUUUGGUAUACUAGACGAACCGCAGAGAUUUUUUCUUCUGUGCUCCACGACCUAACACCCAGUUGUGCAGGUUCUCUUUGGCAAGCAGUAGUCUCUUAUCCUGCCAUGAACGAAGCACUCGGGCUGGACGAACUCUCCGAAACUUCCAAAUGCUACCUCCAGGUCUUAGCUGAGGCAUAUAACAAAGCCCAUGGGUGGGACACAAGACGGCAAAUUCUUUCGAUGAUGUGUGGUGUUUCCAAUUAUAAUGAUAUCUCGAGAUUCAUACCUGGCUUAAGUAGAUAUCGUUUUACCAUAGCUAAUCUGCAUCGUCUUCAGCACGGAAGCGGCGCUUCAGUGACCCCCCAGCCUUCAUCAAAGAUAAGAGUCGACCCAAGACAACUGGAUCACUACUUAUCUUAUAUAACAAGCCCCCAUUUGGUGCAAGAUCUGCCAUUUGGACAAAAAACACUGAAGCUCUCCUCUGGACAACUGGUUGAAGUACCCAAUGUUAUUCGCACCAUGAUACCGCAAAGGAUUGUGCGUCAGUAUACCCAGUACUGCAAAGAGACUGGAUUUGAGGCGUUCAGCGAGCGGACGAUGUUGCGUGUUCUAAAUGAAUGCAAGGCCUCGACCAGAAAGUCUCUCCAAGGCCUUGACUAUUUUGCAGCAGACGGGGCGCGUGCGUUCGAUGAACUAGAAGGCUUGGUUCUUCAAUUGGGGGAGCUUGGUCUUGGAAAGGAGUGGCAAGUGCGAUACGUGAAAUCAUUAAAGGUGGCCAAAUUCUACCUGAAGGGUGAUUUCAAGGUAAGCAACCGAAAGUGUCAAGAGUUCCAAGAAAAUUGGAUUAUGUUUUUCAAGCAGGGUGAUCUUAUUCACAAAUGGAUGGAAGUAUAGCACGAAAAAACCGUUCCGAUGACAGGUCCACCCUGACUGGGAAAUAUACCUCGGUUUUUGCUCUUGGUAUUCGUUUUUUAUCAGUAUAAAUUAUGCUUGUAAUAGAUUUUAUCUUCUCAGAUUAUUGAGGUUAUUCGAUUUAGAUAACAUGAAGCAUACAUAUUGCAUAUAUUUUUUGUCGUUAAUGUUGCAGUAACAUGGUAAUCCAUGCUUUGUGUCAAGCUGUGUUUCCUAUUUUCACUCAGGUUCACGUGAGCUCUUCUUCUCCCGUUGCAAGUCAUUGCAGUGUAUUUGCUCUGAGUGACACCGAAGAUUCUGACCUGCGGCAGCAAUGCAAACACAACCAUAACGAGCUCUGUGACCAUUGUGAAAGCUUGCAUUCGACCCUGAACGACAUAUCUACUGCGGUCGAUGAAGCAUCUUUUACCACAGAAGAAGACAAAGACGAAGCUUUGUUUCUCGUUAGCUCUGCUACGCUUGCCAUCCAGUCAUGGAAGUGCCAUUUGCUGAGGUCGACCCAUCAAGAUCAGGCUCGUUUGGACGUCAUCGAUGCCCUUAAUUCUGGAACAGUAUUCAUUGUAAAUGACUGGGCCAUGAAGUUCUUGCCUCAGAGAUACCGCGAGUCACAGACAGACUGGUUUGGUAAGCGGGGUAUUUCUUGGCACAUAUCUGUGGUAUACAGACGAAUAGAGGGUGUGCUACAGUGGCAAGCCUUUAUCCAUGUGAUUCAGUCCUGUACCCAAGGAAUUUCUGCUGUUACCGCGAUUAUGCAACAUGUUCUAGCCACAUUGAAGCAAGAGUAUCCUGAAAUCAACAAGGCCCACUUCAGGCAAGAUAACGCCGGCUGCUACCACUCCUCCCGCACGUUAAUGAAGUGCCAAGAAAUUUCAGCGAACACCGGAGUGAAGAUAGUCCGCGUUGAUUUCAGCGACCCGCAAGGCGGGAAAGGGGCUGCAGAUCGACUAGCUGCGAGCUGUAAAAGCCACAUUAGGGCAUUUAUUAAUGAAGGCCAUGAUGUCUGCACCGCCAGCGACCUGAAGGAAGCUUUGCUAUCCCAUGGCGGUUUGGAAGGUGUACGAGUGGUUUCUCUGGAUACCAUCGAAGAAACGCCAGACGAUGUGCAAACCAUUACAGGAAUCACCAAAUUGAACAACUUUGAGUUUAGUUCAGUGGGCUCUUUUUCCUGUUGGCGCGCAUAUUCCGUCGGCCAAGGGAAAGUGAUCAAAAUAGAAAAAUCCUCUUCUGGUGAGUUAAUGGUUCUUGAAUGAGCCCAGGCCUUUCUGCUAGUUUAUGACAGUCUGUUCUGUAAGGUUUCUAUUAAUAAGGGAAAAAUUUUAUCCGCAAUGUAUCAUAAAAGACUUUCCAUAAGAGAUUAAAUGUUUACAAAACGCUGCUCAAACAAACAAAACACAAGAAAAAGGGGUGAGUAUUUUAAACCCCUCUUACACGGUAUUCUGUCGUGGGCUGCCUUUGAGGGCUACGCGUUCAUGCAAGAUAAUUAUUUCUUAGCUGUGUGGCUGUCAUAUUUAUAUUUCUCUUAUAUCUUUUGAAGGUCCUGGACAAGGGAUUCUGCAGCCAUCAUUUUCUGCAGGAGAUUUCCGUUCCUAUAAAAGUACCCCCCACAAAUCGUCAGGGGAAGAAAAUGUGGCUGAAGAGACAGCUUCCAUAGAACGUGGCCAGGCAGCAGGGGUGUAUUCAUGUCCUCAAGACGGCUGCACUCGUGUUUUUCAAAGGCUUUCAGCCUUAGAAAAGCACUUGUCACUGAAAAAUGUACCAGGGUACCAGAAAAAAUUCUUUAAUGGACUUGGCAAAAUUGGCUACAAAUCGUAUUUGGAGGAAGGUGUGGGAAAGCUGCCAUCGCUUCAAGCCCCUGUACGACAGGAAGAUUCUCGUGUUUCUCUGAAAGAAGGAUGGGCUCUUAGAGUAGUAAGGAAGGCUUACAGGUUCAGUGAAAAGCAAAAGUCGUACCUUUUAUCUAAAUUUCGAAUAAGGCAGACGACAGGCCACAAGCUUGACGCAGAGGUAGUUGCUCGAGAAAUGCGGCGUGCCCGGGGCACCGAUGGUGCACGACUAUUCCAGUCAUCGGAAUUCCUCACAACCACCCAGAUCACCUCCUUCUUCUCAAGACAGAGUGCCUUAGUACGCCAGAGAGAUCCUGAUGAGGCUGAUAUCCGAGCAGCUCAAGAGGAGAGUAAUUUUAGCGAAGCAAAGGAGACUGUUGCAUCAAUACAACUUGACCAUCCCCUGAUCUACGAUCAGUACGAUCUUUGUGAAAUGGCGCUAAAUGACUCUUUGAAGAUCUUGAAGCUACCCAUGCUGCAGCACAUGUGUGAAGACCUUGGCCUCGAUAUACCAUCAAAGCCCAUGCGUAAAAAGGCCCCGUACUUGGCUCUACUGAAAGAGAUUGUCAGCAAAUGUACUUGCCAAAAGUCAUCGUGGUGCUGA